AUGAAGUUUACAUCACUUAUACCCACAGCACUUCUUUGUUGCUCACAAGUGGUUCACAGUUUUGACUUUCUGCAAUACGAUGACAUUCUUGAAGAGAUAUCAUCCUUGGGAGACUUCAGCUCAGAUGCAUCGUCAUCAGCUGACAGUGGCUCAUCCGUAUACAAAAGAGACGACAAUAACUUGACCUACAACCAGGCUGCAGUUGACCAAUACGUGCAUCUCUUCCAAUCCAUCGAACAAUCAAACUUGAUCCCCAGCUUGCUUGAGGAGAUUUCCAACAACCAAACCCAAAUCAACAACUUGGUUAGUUAUAUUGAGCUCUUGUUGUCGGGAAAUAGCACCAGCGAAAACAGUACUCUCAGUCUCAAUGGUAUUAGCAUCAAUCUCAACAUGACUCAAAUCAUGAAUGCAGUAAUGGAAUCUGGAAUUAUCCCAUCAACUUAUAGUCAGUUAUUGGGCAACAAGACAAACAACCAGAAAGUUGCCGAUUGGGCCGGCAGUGCAUUAUCGUCACCUGAUAAUGUUUGGAUUGGAUGGUUGUUGACUAAAUUAGGUCAAGGCAUGCCGCUCACUGUUCCUGCUCUUGCCGAUGUUAUUCUCAACACCACGUCAAAGGCCAACACUAAUGAUACCAACAAGUCCGAAAUCAAUGUCAAACAAACACCUCCAUUAGCGGAAGAUGUGGGAGUGAGUCCAGAUGGAAUCAAUAAUGACGGUACUACUAAAGAUUCUGUCUACAUCAAUUUAGACCAACAGAAUGCAAGAAGAGUCAAGAGAAUGGAAGAAUACUUGAUUUCUAAAAGAGCAUCCGAUGUCGAUGAUAGGUACUCUGGGUCAUUGAGCCAGUUCUUGAACAAUGCCAUCAACACCGUAGUCAAUUCGCAAUUAGUGUCGUCAAGUAUCAAUGACAUCGUUGUCGCUUUGAACCAGUCGAACAUAAUCACCCCUAUUGUGCUUCAAGUUCUUGAAAAUGACAACUUGAGCCAGUUGAUUAACCCCAUUGUCAAGACAUUGUAUGAAAACGGAGCCUUCAACAGCUUGCCUUUGAACUACUACUUUAUCUAUGCUAAGGAAAGAGGCAUAUUGAGUGAUUCGUUGCAGUAUUUGUUGACUGAUCCUUUCUAUUCUCCUCCCAUUGCUAGAUUGUUGAAGAGAAUGGAAGAUAUUGGAACGUUUCAGUAUUUGCAGGAUAACAUGUAUGGACCCCACAAGAGGAAUUAG